UGGACGUUGUUGACGCGUGGGCGUAUGUACGAAUGUUGUUGUAAAUCUUGUACGUGUGAAGUUGGAAAAGUAAGCUGUGGCCAUUUAUUCAAGCUUGACGAAACAAAUAACGGGCUUUCACUGACGAGGCCAUCUAUAGCAAGUGCGCACGGGUCCACACACCACUGCACACGUGCUACUACCGCCACCAUGACGGACACUGUGGUAGAGGGUGCCACUGAGGGCAAGCAGGAGAAUGGUAGCAGCUCCCCCACAGAGAGACAUGAUGAGAGUGUGGGUGAAGAAGAGGCAUUGAAGGACAGGUGGUGCGAUCCAGAACAUCCGACCACAGUCACUUUCCAGGAUAUAAGUGCUGCUGCCUACAUGAUAAAAAAUGGCAUCCAGAGAACACCAUGCACUAAAUCAAAUGUGUCUCGAAUAGCAAAAAUGGAUAUUUACUUUAAGAAAGAAUUCCUUCAAUUCACAGGCAGCUUCAAAGAAAGGGGAGCUAGAUACACAUUAAUGAUGCUGUCUCCAGCGCAGAAGAAACUUGGCGUUGUCGCUGCAUCAGCUGGCAACCAUGCGCUAGCGCUAGCUUACCACGGCAAGGACCUUAACAUCCCCGUGUACGUUGUCAUGCCGAUAAUAGCGCCUCUCAUGAAGAUAGAAAACUGCAAGACAUACGGUGCAAACAUCAUAGUCAGGGGAGCUCAUCUAGGAGAGUCAAAAGAAAUCGCUCUAAAAAUAGCUAAAGAGAAGGGCUACGAGUACAUAAAUGGGUACGAUCAUCCACACAUAAUAGCCGGAGCGGGAACAAUGGGAUUGGAAAUCGUCGAACAGGUUUCCGACAUCGAUGCUGUCGUGAUACCUAUAGGGGGCGCUGGCUUGAUCGCAGGCUCGUCGAUAGCGAUAAAGUCCCUCUACCCGGACAUACAAAUCAUCGGCGUGGAGGCGGAGUCGUGUCCGUGCUACACGACGGCCGUCGCCGCCGACCAUCCAAUCUACGCGGCGCCAUCGUCGACGCUGGCAGACGGACUCAGCGUCCCCAUCGUCGGGGUCAAUGCCUUCGCAACGGCGCGAGGUCAUGUAGACAAGACGGUCGUUGUCAGCGAGGAGUGGGUUGCCGUGACGAUCUUGAGGCUCAUAGAGAUGGAGAAGGCUGUUGUCGAGGGAGCUGGAGCUGUUGGCUUGGCAGCUGUACUGUCCGGAAAACUUCCCGAACUUGUCGGAAAACGGGUUGUGAUCGCGUUGACAGGCGGCAACAUCGACACGACGGUGCUUGGUCGCUGUUUGGAGCGGGGUCUUGCGGUAGAUGAGCGGCUUGUGCGCUUCAGCGUGACCGUGGCUGACCGGCCUGGAGGCAUCGCUGAGCUGACGCAGCUGCUCGCGAAGAUGGGCGCCAGUCUAAAGGACAUCUUCCACGAGAGGGCAUGGCUGAGGGCAGACAUAUUCAGCGUUAAUGUUAAGUGUGUCAUCGAGACCAAAGAUAGGGAGCACGCACAAGAAGUGGAGAGAGCACUGCAUGCCCGGUACACGGACAUUAAAUGGGGAGGCGACGUAAGCAUGGGCCGCUCCUUAUUUUCACAUUGAUUCUAGCCACUAAAAACACCAAAUUCUGCAUUGGUGUUAAUUUAUUAACGUUUGGUGUACAAAGUAGGAAAUCAAUGGCCAUGACGAUAUAACGAUAUUAAUAUGCUCUGGCUUAUUGGAUGGAUACAGUACUUGUUUUAUGCCAGUUUCCAUGCUUUGCUUUUUACGUAUUUAUUAGGAGGAUAUUGCAUACUUUUAUGCUAUGCAUAUAUGCUACCAGUGAAAUUUUAAUACUAUACAAAAUUGUUAUUAUGGCAUAGCGUUCAAUUGUUGGUGCUUUUGUAAAAAAAUUUAUGCAUGUUAAUACUUUGUUGGAAGCAUACAUUAUCUACAUAUGUGCCAUAGACAUACCAGUGAAGUUUUAAUACUGUGGUUCACAUUGUGGCAAUAAAUGGCAAUAACCCC